UCAAUCUUUUCACCAUCAUUCCUAGAACUUCGUUUGAAAUUUAAAUUGGAAAAGAACCAUUUAUCUUCUUUCUCAACUUCUAGAACCAUUUAUCUUCUUUCUCAACGACUAGAACCAGCUUCAUACUUUUCAACUUCUUUUCUAGAACUAUUAUCUUCUCUGGUUUUGAAAAUCAUAA